CGAUACGGCGUAGCACGUACAUCCUUACUUAACUCCAUCCAAAAAUACCAAAUUACCAAAAGUCAAUGCAGCACAAAUAGCGCAGCAGCAUUUUAAGUAUUGUUUUGCUUGUUAAUUCAAAAAUUAGGAGCAAACGAUUCUGUUGAUAAUAUUUUCCACUUCACUGGAGUGUCUUUUAAUCCAACAUGACAGUGUUACUAGAUAUCUGGGUCAGGGAGUGAUUUUCUGUGGUGUUGUUUCUGAGUACUGUCUCCAGUCUCUUGCUCCCAUUGGUAAAAUUGAAUUAUGUCGUCAACAAAAGAGAUUAAUGAUAUGCCGGGUCUGGAAGCUGAAGAGUCUUUGUUAUAUUCGGCUAGACAUGGAGAGCUAUCGGUUGUAAAGGCUCUUUUAGAGGCGAAAGCGGGUGAUAAAAUAACAUUGGAUAUCAAUUGCAAAGGUAAAACCAAGAGUAAUUUAGGAUGGACACCUUUGCAUUUGGCUACCUAUUUCGGCCACAUUGAUGUUGUUAAAGUAUUGUUGGAGGCAGGAGCAGAUGUAGACGAGGUCAAUGACACGGGUGAUACAGCCCUGCACAAGGCUUCAUUUAUUGGAAAUGAGAAUUUAGUGAUCCUGUUACUUCAACAUAAAGCAGAUGUGAAUAUUAUGAAUGGAGAGGGCCGCACCGCUUGCGAUGUGUGUAAGACCCAAGAUGUUCAGCGUAUGAUUGAAGCUGCUCAAAGAGCAGAACGUCUUGAGAGAGAAAGAAAACUACUUACAGCAGCUAAAGAGGGUCGAGUAGAUGACAUACAGGAGUUGCUCAGCAGCUCGAAUCCACCAAACAUAAACUGUGUAGACGCACAAGGCAACACAUGCUUGCACUGCGCCGCAUACAGGGGACACGCGCGACUCGCCAUCCUGUUACUACAGAAUGGGGUCGACACAACGCUACGGAACAACAGUGGCCAACUAGCCAUCGAUCUGGCGAAAGAUAACGAGAUGCGCGAAGUGCUGAGCGUCCGCCCCGUGCAGCGGUUGCAGCGCACCGCCGCAAGGUUCGAGGGGCCGCUGCUGAAGCGCUCCAGGUUCCUCGGCUGGAGGCCUGUCUGGGCGGUGCUGCAACGCGGCGUGCUUCUAUACUACGGUUCGCGGGCGGAGGCGGCGCGCGGUGGUCGGUGCCGCAGCCGGCACUACCUGGAUGGUGCGGCGGUGAGCGCGCCCGGCGCGGAGCCCGCGCUGCUGCUGCUGCGGCUCAGCGACGGCGACGCGCACCGCCUGUGUGCGCGCGCGCCCGACCUGCCCGCCUGCAGGCAGUCUUGGAUCACGGCGUUCAACGAGCACAUCGCGUACUCUGGCCACUACUUGUGGGCGGGCGCGACCCCAGACUCGGCAAGAGAGGCCACAGAGGAUCUGGAGGACGAGUGCAAACCGUUAGGCUCAAUGCAAGACGCACUAACUGCGGCAACCAACAGUCUCGCGUUGCUUGAGACUCAGCUGCGGGAAUGUUCUGCCAUACUCGCUGCGUUAGACAAGAGCGUCAACGUAGGCAACUCGCUGCACCACUCCGCUUAUAUGAGGUUCCAACACGCGUGCGGCACGGGAGGGGAGGCGUUGUCCGCGUUGAAGCAUUGUGCCGCAUUGGUGGCACAAGCGAGAGAUCAUGACAACGCACGCUUACAACGAGAGAUCGAAAGGAAUCGAGUUCUCGAAGAGGCGUUAGCGGCUCUUGCUCGAACACAUCACGAACUCGAGAUGUCUGUCGCCGAAGAACUCACAAAGAGCAAAAGAAAGAAAAAAUCAACAACGUCGCAGAAUGACUCUAAAGAAAACUUCUUUGAUGUAUUUGACGAUCGGGUCCUGGACAGAAGAACCUCAAUAAUAUUCAGAAGUGAUGGUGAUGGUGACUUUGGUAAUAUUGCCGUAGGCUCCGAGGACGAAGACGACACGCUGGUGACGGCGGGCCUGUCCAGUCCUUUGGGCGCGCUCAGCCCGUGGGGCAGCAGCGUUGAUCUCACGAGGCACACGCCCGUCGGCAGUCUUACCGGUGAUGUAACGCCCACGAAUGAGGACAGAUGCCUAUCGGGGUCUUCGGGGUCGCCGCAGUCGCUUCACACGGCUCUGAGCCCGGCCAGUUCCCGGGGAACCCUCGUCUCACAAGGCGGGCACGUGUACAGGAACGCGCGGCCCUACCGCAAGUGUAUCAAGCCGAGUUCUCAGUGGUCUCUAUAAAGUCUUAGGGGUCAGUAUAAUAGUCAAGCACAUUUAAGAGUGAACUAAAUAAUUCACAUAAGCACAAAGAUGCACAAUAGAUUUUAAAUAAACGAUUGAAUUAACUUUAUGAUCAUAUUUAUCAAUAGGAAUAUAUUUUAUGUUUCGAUAUCAGUACAUUAAUUUCCAUUUUUUUAUCAAUUAAAACUUUACCUUGAGCAACAGUUAAAUGCCAUAUAUUAUUAUUUGCUAUUAUUUAAGCUAGGUAUUUUGUAGUAAUGGUGCGUUUACAUUUGGUCAUUAGCCCUAAUACGAGUGCCAAUGGAAUUCGGGUAAACCAAUAUAUGUGUAAAUGAACGGAGUCGAGUACGCCCGUAUUCGGGUACAUUUCCUUUUGUUUACUCGACACCGUCUUUCAGCCCGUGUUCAGUGUAAAUAUGAGGGUGUUUGUGAAAAUUUACCUCGCCAGUUGGCGCCACUGUGACGUGAGGUCUUUUGUAUGAAGUUUUUGGCGCGAACUCCAUAGACCAGAUCCAUAGACUAUGAGAACAUAUGCGAUUUGACGGAUGAGUAGACCUUUCGUCUCAGUACUGCCACCAGUGCCCGUCAUUUCAGAAAACCCUCAUUGCUUCUGGUGCCCGAAUUCGAGUGACAUUACUCGAAUUUCGUGCACCAAAUACGGACUAACAAUCAAAUGUAAUUGCGGCUUAAUACUACUUAUUAGUAUUAUAUGGUUUUUGAGUCAAUUUGUAUUACAAUUAUAUUUUCUUAUGAUGUAAGUUUUUUAAUGGAGCUAUCUUUGAUGCAAUGACUUGUGAUACUGAAAAUUUGAAAUAUUAUUUUUACAUUUUAAAAUAUUAGCAGAUUUGAAAAAUCAAAGUACACAUUCUUAGUGGGAGCAUUCUAUAAUUGCAUUUAAAUUGUUUAGGUUAAAUUAUCUCGUACAAACAUAUUAUAUAAUUUUAAUAAAUGAAGUAUUUUGUUAUCUAAUUAAUCAUAUAUACUUAACAGAGUGAAAUGUAAGAAUGAAAACAUGUACCUGACUUUGAGUGUGAAGAAACUUAUUGUGAUUUUAAAUUAAUAGAAUUGUUUUUAAGUGAAAAUUGACAUAAGUGUCGUUGAAUGUGCAUUAAAAUGUUAUAUUAUUAUGCAUUAUAUAUUUUUAUAUUA